AAUAAAAAAAGUAAACAAACUGAAAUCAAUUGUGUUCGUGACAUUUAAUGCUAAGGAGAAGACAACUUUGAUUGGGAAAGGUUGUGGCUUGAUAGCUACGUUUGCCAUGUUACUUUCGUUUUUUAAAUACAAAAAUAAAUGUCCAGUCUGAUAGUCGGAUGUUGAAGUUGUCAAGCCCAAGGAAAUUGCGUCAGUUUUUCCUCGACAUACUGAUAAAGGCCCAUCUAGUAGCCCACUGUGAAGGCUCAGGCUGUCAUAAUGUCGGAGCCCAAGGCACCCACCCCGACUCCGGCUGGAGACACAUACAAAGGAUGGCUAUUCAAAUGGACAAAUUACAUCAAGGGCUACCAGCGACGAUGGUUCGUCUUGAGCAACGGUUUACUCUCCUACUACAGGACCCAGGCAGAGAUGGGCCACACGUGCCGGGGCACUAUCAACCUGGCCACGGCCAACAUCGCGGUGGAGGACUCGUGCAACUUUGUCAUCUCCAACGGCGGGGCACAGACCUACCACCUGAAGGCCAGCUCUGAGGUGGAGCGGCAGCGCUGGAUCACCGCCCUGGAGCUGGCCAAGGCCAAGGCUGUCCGUAAUCAGGCCGAGUCUGAUGACUCUGGUGAUGAGUGUCCGACGUCACCCCCUACCUCGGGACAGGGCGGAGGGGCACGUAACUCUAACUCAGAGGUACAGUCCACACUGCGCACACUGGGCAGCAAGGUGGAAGACCUGAGCACCUGCAACGACCUCAUCGCCAAGCACGGCUCCGCCCUCCAAAGGUCCCUGUCAGAGCUGGAGGGGGUGCGUCUGGGAGGCGACACGGAUGGCAAGAUCCGGCAGGUGACGGAGAGAGCCACGUUGUUCCGCAUCACCUCCAACGCUAUGAUCAACGCAUGCAGAGACUUCUUAGCGCUGGCCCAGGCCCACAGUAAGCGGUGGCAGAAAGCCCUGCAUUCAGAGCGGGACCAGAGGAUAAGGCUGGAGGAAACAUUGGAGCAGCUCGCCAAGCAGCACAACCACCUGGAGAGGGCCUUCAGAGGGGCCACCGUACUGCCCCUCUCCCAGAGCAACCCUGCCCUGAACAGCAAGAGUUUGGGCUCAGCAAAGGGAGACGCAAGCGACGAGGAUGAUGAAAACGAGUUCUUUGACGCUAUGGAGGACCCGGCAGGGUUCAUCACUGUACCGGCCGACCCCAAGUAUCACAGAAGGUCAGGAAGUAACAUCAGUGGUCUCAGUGCUGAGACUGGAAUCGAUGACCAAUCGCUUUGUGAAGAGCAGUCGUUGGGGUCCAAUCCGGAGUCGCCCCAGUCCCUGGAGGUGGAGCCCGUGAGGAAGAGGCGGACCAAAAUCCCAGACAAGCCCAACUAUUCGCUGAACCUCUGGAGCAUUAUGAAGAACUGCAUUGGCAAAGAGCUCUCCAAGAUCCCCAUGCCUGUGAACUUCAACGAGCCCAUCUCCAUGCUGCAGCGUCUAUCCGAGGACUUGGAGUACUACGAGCUCCUGGACAAGGCGGCUAAAUGCCAGAGCUCUCUGGAGCAGCUGUGCUACGUGGCUGCCUUCACCGUAUCAUCCUACUCCACUACGGUCCACCGCACAGGGAAACCCUUCAACCCCCUACUGGGGGAGACCUACGAACUGGACCGGCUGAGGGAGAGCGGCUACCGCUCACUGUGUGAACAGGUGAGUCACCACCCGCCUGCAGCUGCUCAUCAUGCCAUCUCAGAGAGAGGCUGGACCCUCCGACAGGAGAUCUCCCUCGCCAGCAAGUUCAGGGGAAAAUACCUCUCCAUCAUGCCUCUGGGCUCUAUCCAAUGUGUGUUUGAAAAGAGUAACAAUCACUACUCGUGGAAGAAAGUAACUACAACAGUACACAAUAUCAUUGUGGGCAAAUUGUGGAUCGACCAGUCGGGAGAGAUAGACGUGGUGAACCACCGGACCGGCGACUGCUGCCAUCUCAAGUUCGCCCCGUACAGCUACUUCUCCAGAGACGUGGCCAGGAAGGUGACUGGUGUGGUGACCGACAAGGAGGGUAAGGCCCACUAUGUGCUGUCAGGGACGUGGGAUGAGAAGAUGGAGUUCUCCAGGGUGAUGCAGAGCAAUAAGGGAGAGAACGGAACCGAGGGCAAACAGAAGACCGUCUACCAGACGCUCAAAGCCAAGGAGCUCUGGAAGAAGAACCCACUACCCGAGGGAGCGGAGACUAUGUACUACUUCUCGUCGCUGGCGCUGACGCUCAACGAGUCCGAGGAGGGCGUGGCGCCCACCGACAGCCGGCGACGGCCCGACCAGCAGCUGAUGGAGGCGGGCCGGUGGGACGAGGCCAACGCCGAGAAGCAGCGGCUGGAGGAGAAGCAGAGGAGCGUCCGCCGCGAGAGGGAGAGAGAGGCCCAGCGUGCAGCCAACCUGCCCGAGGAGGGGGCAGAAGGGGUGGAGGUAGCGGAGGACGCUGUCAUUGAGGACUCUUUCAUCACUGACUCGCCUUUGAAAACCGAUGCAGUGGAGAUUGGUACGGAAGCGAGCCAGGCUUCGGACGAAACGGACCCCGACGAUUCUCCACCUCACACUCCAACCUCACGUGGGCCGCCCCUCUCAGAGUAUCAAAUGGAUGACAUGGAAGGUCAUUAUGGAGCUGCGGUCAAAAGCGUCCACCAGGACAACUAUGAGGCGAUGUGGUUCGAGCGGACUGAGGACGUCAUCACGGGAGAGUCCAUGCACGUCUACAAGGGGGGCUACUGGGAGGCGAAGGACCACGGCAACUGGGACAUGUGCCCAGAUAUAUAUUGAGCCCCCCCCCCCCCGAUCAGCGAAUUGUACUAACCCAGGCAUUUGGAACAAGCCACCCUUUUUCCCCCAAUUUGAAGAAGGGACAAACUGGGUAUCGACCCUGUUUAACCCCAACCCUCCCACUUUCAGGAUAGAUUUUGGGUUGUAAUGCCCCUUACCUCUCCCCUAUCACUCUCUGUGGGGAUGGUGUGUAUAGGGGUGGUGAAAUCCUGUAGGACAAUGCAAUCAGGCAGGGGGAAAGACCUGCCUUCAUCUUCCGUGUAGGGUCAAGUUACCCUUAGAUGCUGAUUUGGGGUCAGUUUUGCAUUUCCCCCGCUAAUGUUUAAGGUCAGGAUUGGGGGGGCCGAGCUGAUCCUAGAUCUGUAGCUAGGGAAAACGUCACCCCUGAAGCUUCAUCUUCACUACAAUGAUUAGAUAUCUCCCUUUAGAGCCACUGCCAAUGGCUAGACCUCUGUGUCUUCUGUUUCUUCCUUUGCUGCUCUCUUUCUCACCCACUCCAUCUCUUGCUAUGUUAGUCUGUGGAAAAGACUGGGGGCAGAUAGAUUCUAGCGAUUUAACAAUAUCAAACACUAACUCUACCUUGCUCCUCUUCCAAAGGAUAUGGACUAAAUGCAAAUGGACAUGAACAGUUUGUGUGAGUGUAUGUCUGUGUGUGUGAGGGGGGUUAUAAUAGCAAUGGGUUGGUGCUUAUGUCUGCUUUGAGGCUGCCAGAUUUUCAAAGCUUCACAAAUGCUGUUUAAGAUGUUUUUUUGAGAGAGAGAGAAAGGGGGUGAGCAACAAAUGCAGGAGCCCACGUGUGUGAACCCGGUGACAUCACAUUAGCUCCUCUGCUGUGGCUAUUUGGGCUUGGAGCCUGUUAUCCCUCUCGAAGCAGCGGAAUCGGCUAAAUGAAGGAUGUAUCGUCAUAAAAUACUAUUUAACAGUUACUACGUCCUACAUCCCAAAGAUGACUUCAACAGCAAAACAAUCUAGCGUAGCCUUAUUUUUUUAUUAUUAGGGAAUGAAUGAAGCAGACUCAACCAUAACAUAUUGGAAUAGUGGCUAGUAAUUUAAUGUCUAAAAUGGCACCCUAUUCCCUAUAAAGGGCACUUCUUUUGACAAGGCCCUGGUCAAAAGUAGUGCACUAUAAAUGAAUAGGGAUGCAUCAGUAGACUCGUAAUCUACUCUAGUUGAAGUGUGUGUGCACUAGUACAGAAUUGUGAGCUUGAGUGUGAGGUCCAAAAAUAAGAUAAAUCACAUUUUAUUUUCAAGUGUACUUACAAAAUGUUGAGACAGAGGAAAAAACUGACACAGAACAUUGCUAAUAUUUGUGUGUGUAUAUAUAUAAGUAAUAAUUAGUGCUAUUAAUAAUAUUGAUUAGUUAGAUCUAAGUAUGGUGAUUUGUAUUAAGGUCAGAGAGAACUCCCAUUUGUUUCUGUAAAAUAGAACAUGACUGUUUCUCCUAGAACUGGAUUGUCCUCCAUUAAUUGUAACUAGUUUCAUUACUCUUUUCUCCUACUCCCUGGCCCUGUACACACUCACAUUGUACAAUACAUUUGAUCCAGUUAACACUGCUGUGAAGACACAAAUAGUUGUAAAAAGAAAAAUAUCAGCAUCAACAAUUGUCGGGUGUUGUACAACUAGUUUACUGGACCUGUCUUGAGUUAAAUAUCCAUUGUAUUGUUCAUAUAGUCUGAGUUCUUUCACAGUCUUUCCAUUCAUCUUCUCUCCAUUUGUUGUAAUUCCCCAUCUUUUUAAGCUCAUUCAUUCUCUUAUGGAUCUUGGUCAUGGCACUGAGUAUAACAGCAUCACAGGGUGAUGUAAUAAAGCCUGACUGGAGAAGUGCA